AUGUCAAAGCGAUCAAUUCUCAUCACUGGGUGCUCCCAAGGCAGCGCCGGUAAUGCUCUGGCUUUGGAGUUCGCCUCCAAGGGCUACCGCGUCUUUGCGACGGCCCGCUCUCUGAAGAGUCUGGGGGACCUGCAGGAAAAGGGCAUCGAAAUCCUCACAUUAGACGUCACCGACCCUGAAAGUAUUAGUGCUCUAAAGGCUGAGUUGAUAAGCCGCACGGGAGGCUCGUUGGACAUACUCUUCAACAAUGCUGGCGCUCUUUACGAAGCCCCGGCCAUCGAGGCAGACCCUGCCCGCGUCCGAAGCCUUUUUAACACGAACGUCUUUGGACUGAUGGAGAUGGUCACUGCCUUCACCCCUCUUCUCCUCGCUGCUGUGUCCAAGACCAACACACCGGCCAUCGUCAACGUUGCAUCAGUUCUCGCACGCCUCCCGAACCCAUUCGCUUCCUCCUACAAUGCCACCAAGGCAGCCGUCGCGUCCUACUCCGACACCCUUCGUCUCGAGGUGCAGCCACUCGGCAUCAAGGUCAUAACCUUGUACAUGGGAGAGGUGUCCACCCCGCUCAUGGCGACCGACAACAUCAACUUUGGUCCCAACAGCAUCUACCGGGACAUUGAGGACUCAGUGAAGGCGAGGACAACCAAACAUCUCGCGGGAACGAUGUCUCCCGCCCAAUUCGCCCGCGAAGUUGUCGACGAGGUCAUUGGUGGAAAGCACCCCUACCUUUGGAAAGGUACAAAUGCGUUUAUAACAUGGUUUCUGAACGCAUUCGGUCCGCGGACUGUCUUCGAUAGUACCAUGGUCAAGGGGGCUGGGCUACAUACGGCGGAGGCAAAAGCGAGCGUUUUUAAAUGGGGUCAGGAAUCGGUCAAGAAAACCGCAUGA